CACACAUCACUCAUCUUCAACUUUAUGCUUAAUUACGAAAAUAUUUACCACCGCACCGCAAGUACAUCGAACACAUACAUACACAAGAUCUUCCUUUUCCCUCAACCAAAUCCAGACCCUGCUUUCUCUGCGCUUGGCGAUUUUCCUUUCGGUUCCUUCGCUCUCAAUCUCCGCACUGCAGGUGCAAGUCCUUAACUGCGGAGCCAUACAUAUUACAACUUUCUUUUUUUGAGCUCACAUCCGUCAUAUCUGGCCUUCCAUUGCCAGUUUCCUGGGUGCUGUUGUAUCGUACAUUUAUCCUAUCAGCUUGCUGAUUUACCCCGUCGCACUUAUCACAUUUCAAUUGGCUUUAACCUUUGGUCAUCCUAACUCAUUCAGUCUCUUAAGAUUGCAGACAAUAUUUCGGACUUUUAGUGCUGUAAACUCCCUCCUUCAACUUGGCGAUUUCCGUUUGAUUUGUUAUACUUUAUUCAUUAGACCCCAUGGCUGUUAUGUCGGACCGCACCCAGACCUAUUUUCUCUCUAAUUCCUCUUCAUCUCUUGCGCCGCGCAAGUAUUCAGCUCCGCUUGGCCCCUAUCAACCUCCGAAGACUAGUUCAGCUCAUGAGCAUCUAUAUGGUCGGGGCUCCCUCCUUCCCAUGCCGCCUAACUACAACGAAGGUUCAUGCUGGACCUUGGCAUCGGUGAGGUGCCUCAACCCCAGCCCUCCUGAUAGCCGUCCUCGAACAAUUGCGGUUGAAGUGACCAAAGUCAGUCUCAGGAUGGAUGGCCGCUGGGCGGAGGAGAAGCCCUACAUUAUCGAGAAAACUUGGGAGGAAUGGGUAGAUUUACGAGAGCAGCUCAUUUCCCGAUAUCCAGAAACUGAAUCAAUCUUACCCAAGCUCUCCAAAGGCCAAGGCUUCCUUGAGUCCAUCUUUACCAACUCCAAACGCAGCCAAAAUACCCAAACUUCAAAUAUGAAAGAGUUAAACAGUUUCCUCAACUGCUUAGUUGGAAAGUGUGCCAAGAAAGUUCUCAAUUCCGACACUUUGCACGUCUUUCUUCAAACAGAACAAAUGAGAGCAGGUGUCCAUCAGGUGGAAUACACCGAUGAUGAUCUGCCCUUGCCAAGAGGCCCGGCAUUUAAAGAAAUACCGAGCCGCGACGAUAGCGCUUCCAUCUCUUCUCAUUUGCAAGCCUUUCGGUUCCCUGGGCCUGCUCCAUCACCAGCUCCUCCCCAUCUGAAACCGAAAACUUCUCAGCCCAACCUUGCUUCACGACAUAUGGCUCUUGGCCCUGAGGUAGAAAAGCCUAUCCCGAAUGAAAGGCUUUCACCUCACGAUCGACGCAGACCUACACUUGAUACCAUGACUGUCAUUGCCGAGCGUCCGCCACCACCAGGCUCGAUACCGGACCCACAAACCGGACCAAUCCUCCGCUCCGGUACCUUGGGCCGCACCCUAGCAGCACCGAGCACUCGCCUGACGAACAAAUCUCGAAACCCACUGAGACCUACUACUGGCGUAGCUCGACCUCCUCCUCUGGCACCUCCUAAGCGGCCAACCACUUCCGAUUCUAGGCUCCCUCACGAAGCCAUGCUGAAACCUGCGAUGGGUACUAAUUAUAGAUCCGUCUGCAGUCCAGUUGCCCCCACACCCGCCAGAAGACCUUCUGAACUCCUUCUGAGUUUUCCGCGAGAGGCAGAAGCUGCUCAGCUUGCCAGGCCGCGUUUGAGAGAAUUCAAGUCGAUGCAAGAUAUCAGGGCCACCGCCGGUACCAUCAAGGCCUCCGGGCGAUCUGGAAGGAACGGUCUAGCAGACCCAGGUCGCAAUAACAGCGUCCCUGCCGUGGGGCAAUCUCCUCAAAUGGUCUUGCAGGUUCGAUCGCCAACCAACCCUUGGCACAGACAUCGGCGAACCCCUUCGGAUUCCAGCUCCAGCUUCGGCUCGUCGCAACUCUCUCCGAUAUCCUCAGUAUUGAGCUCACCGACUGUGACACCGUCUAGUUCAAACAACUCAAUCACCAAACCAAUUCCCAAUCAGCAAAUCCAACCCAAAUUGACCUGUCGUCGCAGUGUUGAUAGUCUCGGUCCCAAUUCUAUGAAAUGCGACGGUGCCAGCUCGCUGAUGGUGGUCCCUGAGCGUGAACCGAAUAAAAUCGUCGUCCGCCCCAAUGUGCCACCAGCACCCUUUUACCCUAUCCCUCCUCGCAUCUCCAAUUCCACCGCGAAUCCCCUGAAGGCAAACAAAAUCACAUCCACUUUCCCCCAAUCUCAAAAACGCCCUCAUACUUCGGCAGGCAAUGCCAACGGUCUCAAGCCGAGCUCUCUCACGUUGAAAGUCGUUCACUUGGAGUCCAAGACAAACAUCAUCCUGGCCGUCCAGAGAGGCUUAUUUUCCCUGCCUCAAAUCAAGUCCAAGAUCCAAAACAAGCUCAAGAUGGCCGCCGAAAUCGAAUUGAAGUCGGAUUGGAAAAUCAAAUUGACGAUGAUCGAUCAAGAAGAAUUCGUAAGACACGUUGAAGGUGGAGAGGCGAAAGCCGAGGAUGAAACUGAAGACGAUGGCUUGAAGUUGGUGGAAUUAAUCAACAGGAAAUCAACCGGUUCUGAAAUCAAAAAGAUCACCCUCAGAAUCCAAUAAGCCCCAGCUGUUUUCCUCACGUGUUCUGAAUAUAAGUGUAGUUUAGUGUCAGAAGUCAUUCUUUUUUUUUCUUGUGGUUUGAAGGGACUCGUACAUUCAUUGUUUUAUUCUCAACUUCUUUUGGGGUCAUUUUCUGCGCGGAUUUGUUAAAACGUCGUGUAUUUGUAAACUUUGUCGUUUAUCUUUUAUCUUAUCGUACUAAGUGAAGUUUUCAAGCAGUAAAAACAUUAACUUCUUGUUGAAACUGUUGUGCAUGUCACUGCCCCUGACCUGCUCCAUGUGAGCACGACCGAGUUAAGUGAAAGAUGCCUGAAAUGAU